AUGAGUGAAAAUGAAUGGGGUAUCCGACUAUUUGAAUGUUUUCGAAAUCCUCAAAUGUUUGCGUGGGCAAUAUUUGUUCCAUGAGGAACAGCUUGUAUGCAUGCUAGUGAAGCGAAAAUUUUAAUGAAAUCAAAAGAUGAAUCAGUAGCCCUUAAAAGAUUUUUGUGCAAUGCAUGCUUAUGCUGUUUUGGCUGUGCUUGAAAUAGGAGAGCUUUAAGGAAAGAGUUGGUACUUGAUGGGAAUUAUUUUAUUGAUCUUAUGCUUUGAAUAUUCUGUCCAUGCUGUGCUGCUACACAAGAAUGGCAAGAAGUCAUGGUGAAAAAAGAUAAAGAUUCAAAAGUAGCUAUUUGGAAUUUAGCAUAA